GGGGGGGCUUCCUUGGGGGUCCCACCCCAACAUCCCCUUUGCCUCUCCCUCUCCUCCCACAAGAUCCCUUUUUGCUGGGAUAUCCCUGGAUUUGAGGCUUCCCUGGGAUUCUCCCAACCCACCCCUCACCCCAGGGCCAUCCUGGGGGUCCCCCAACCUCACCUGUGCCCCCCUCAAAUCCUGCAGCCCCCCUGGAUUCAUGGAUUCCCUACUCUUCCUCUCUGCCCGCCGGCUCGUCGCCCACCGCCCCCUUCCCACUGUCCCCGCCCAGCUCUAUCCCGUCCUCUUCCAAGCCGCGUUCCUGGAUAGGAGACCCCUGGUCCUGCAGGAUUUGGUGGCCCAGUGGCCAUUCCCAGUCCUCAACUUCCAGCAGAUUGUGGGGGGCCGGAAGCUGCUCCAGGAUUAUCCCUCCAAGCUCUGCAUCCAGUCUGUCAUCCUGGCCGUGGUGAAGCAGCUCCGGCAGGAUCUGGAGGAAGCAGGCCAUGAUUCCAGCCAGUGCCGUCUCCGUGUGCUGGACAUGACAGGACUCCGGGAUGGUGCCACUGGCCGUGCUCCGGAAGGGAUGAGUGUCUGGUCUGGCACUGUGGCCCUGGCCAAGGCUUGCGUGGAGGUCUCCAAACACCAGCGGGAACUCCAGAAAUGCGGAUCCAGGAGCCACAAGGGCCAUUCUGGCACCACAGCAGCUCCGCGAUUCAUUGACAUCCACGCCGAUCUCUUCGUCAAUGGAACAUCCUAUGGGAUCCUGUGGGACGCACUCCAAACUGGGAACACCGGCCCACUGCGCCUCAAGUGCCGAGAGUUCCAAGCCGAGGAGCUCUGCCUGGCUGGAAUUGUGAGUCUGCUGAAAUCCCUGGAUCCCUCUGGCGUAAGGAGAGUGGAGCUUCGCUUCAACAACCUCGGACUGGGGGGUCUCUCCCUGGUUUUGCCACAUCUCUCCCGAUUCCUGGAUCUCCGAAGCCUCCGACUUCCCUACAGCAAUGUCGACGUGCGGCGGCCAACGCCAGAGUCAGUGGUGGGAAUCCACUGUCUGGCCAGGGAGCUGGGAAAGCUGCAGAGCCUCAGGGAGCUCAACCUGGGAUCCUCCAGGCUCUCUGGGAGUUUGAGGCACAUUCUCUGCGAACUCGAGGCUCCAUUGGAAAGCUUGGAACUGGCCUUCUGCUCCCUCCUUCCCGCUGACUUCGCCUUCCUCUCCCAAAGCUUCCACGCUCCGGCCCUGAAAAGGUUGGAUCUGAGCGGCCAUGAUUUCUCCCAAACUCUUCUCCAACCCCUUCAGCAUCUCCUAGAGAAAACCUCGGCUUCCCUGCUCCACCUGGACCUCAUGGAAUGCCGGCUGACGGACUCACACCUGGGUGCCCUGCUGGCGUCACUCCGGCACUGCUCCUGCCUCCGCUCCCUCGGACUCUUUGGGAAUUCCUUCUCCACGGCGGGGCUCAAGGAUUUAUUAUGGAAAACUGUGGUCCUGCCAGAUCUCCGCCUGGUCGUGUAUCCUAUCCCUGUGGAUUGCUACAAGUCAGGGCUGGAUCCUGGCUGGAUUUUGGAGGAGCAGCUGGGCAGGGAAUGUUUGGGAGCAGUGAGUGCAGAGCUGGGCCGGAUGCUGGAGAGCUUCGGGAGAGCCGACAUCGUCUGGACUUCCAACCCCUACGGACACGGAGCCCUGGAUUACUUCUCCUUGUAGCUGGGGAAGAGCUUGGAGCCUUCAGCCUGGAGAAGGUGCCUCAGUGCCUCCUUCCUCAAAGAAUUUGUGUGUAUUCCACCUCAUUUCAGUGUUUUUCACCUUAUCCCAGUGUUUUUCAAUCUAAUUUUGGUGGUUUACCGCCUCAUCUCACUGUUUCUCUACCUCAUCCUGGUGUUUUCUGCCUCAUCCCGGUGUUUUUCCUCUAAACCCAUUGUCUUUCCACCUCAUCCUAGUGUUUUUCCACCUCCUUUGGUGUUUUUCUGCUUUAUCCUGCUGCUUUUCCCCCAUGACAGUGUUUUUUUCUGCCUUAUCCCAGUGUCCUUCUAGUAUUUUUCCACUUCAUCCUGGUGCUUCUCCACCUCAUUUUGGUGGUUUUCCACCUUAUUGUGGUCUUUUCCCACCUCAUCCCAGUAUUUUUCCACCUCAUCCUGGUGUUCUUCCACCUCAUCCAAGUGGGUCUUGACCUCAUUUUGGUGUUUUUCCUGUUAUCCCAGUGGCUUUUUGCCUCAUCCUGAUGGUUUUCCACCUCAUCCCAGUGUUUUCCAGUAACUUUUGUUACCACCUUGUUACCAACCGUAGCUGGGACAGACCUGGUGUCACUGGAAACUCCCAGAACUCUGCUAAUUAGCACCAGAUAUUAAUUGCUAAUUAAUAAACCAGUAUCACUUGACUGGUGAUGAAAUUCCUGCCA